AUGGCAGACAAGGCCUGGCAACGUGAAAGUGUCGCGAAGUUGCACCUAAGCGUGAAGGCGGUGCUUCUUGCCAAGCUAAGGGAAGAUAAAUAUGAUCUCAAUAAGUUGAAAAGGGAAAUCAAGAGAGUUGCGUCGCCUGAUGCCACUCAGGCUGCUUACGAUGAACUGCUGGAGGCAGGAAUGGUUGAUAUGCAUGCGGUUUCUUCUGAUCAAAGAGAGAGAAUGGCAAUGUCUGUUGAAAGAUUAACUGAAUCAAGUGAUAGAAUCACACAGAGCCGUCCAUCUUGCUCCAACCUCAGCCUCGCCGCGAGCAGUUUCUUUUCCUCAGUUUUCAACAGCCAAACAGAAAUUGCUCCUUCUUCAGACACUGACAUCGCUGCGUAA